CGGAACACGUGAGCAGUGAUUCCUUUGUGGAGGACGGUUCUUUUGUUUACAUCUUUUUCCUCUUCAACAAUGUCUAAGGUGAAUCAUCUGAGAGAGUUUAUCGGUCAGCGACUAACAGCAGCUGCUGUAGAAAUAUUCUCAGUGUUUGAAAAAACCAUCUUGGAGUAUGAAGAAGAGCUCGACCGUCAGCGCAGACUGUUGGACCUCGCCUGGAAACCUGAAAUCAGACUCCACAGAGUCGACCCCCCACAAGAAAAUGUUUGUACGGUGGAGGAGGACGGGGUUUUCAGUGACCAGCACCUGGAUAACCUGGAGAGGAGCUGCAGCCCGGACCAGGAGGAACCAGAGAGGAGCUGCAGCCCGGACCAGGAGGAACCAGGGGAUCCACAGACUACAGAACUGGAGGAAGACUCCAGCGGUCAGGAGAUAAAGCAGGAGGACGUAGAGGUGGAUGUCUCAUUGGUUAAUCUCGCUGAUGUGAAAGUUGAAAAUGGUGAACCAGGACCAAACUGUGGCCAGCUGCUGUUGCACACUUGUCCUGAAGCUCAAAUCAAGGAUGAGGUAGGGACUAAAAGUUUACGCUCAGACUCCAGUAAAACUGCAGAUCCGGAGCCAAUGAGACGACACGAUGACCACGAAGAUGCUGCUGUCCCGUCAGACAGCAACUGUAAAUCAAAGCUGACCAGUACCCACACGGGGAAGAAGGCGUUUUCUUGCAGCACUUCCAGGAAAGAGUUCAUUGAAAGUAAUAUUUUAGUGGAUCACAUGAAGCUCCACACUGGCGAAAGGCCGUACCUGUGCAACAUCUGCGGCAAAACCUUUACUAAUUUAUCACAUCUGAAAUGCCACAUAAUCACGCACACGGGCGAGAAGCCCUACAUCUGCAAAACAUGUGGAAAGAGUUACAAGCAACGUUCCCACCUGGUGAUUCACUCGAGGAUCCACACUGGCGAAAGGCCGUACCUGUGCAACACCUGCGGAAAAACCUUUACUAAUUUAUCGGAUCUUAACCGCCACAAACCCACACACACGGGCGAGAAGCCAUACAUCUGCAAAACAUGUGGAAAGAGUUACAAGCAACGUUCCACCCUGGUGGUUCACUCGAGGACCCACACUGGCGAAAAGCCGUACCCGUGCAACACCUGUGGAAAACCCUUUACUAAUUUAUCGGAUCUUAAACGCCACAUAACCACGCAUACGGGCGAGAAGCCCUACAUCUGCAAAACAUGUGGAAAAAGCUACACAGAACGUUCCAGCCUGGUGAUUCACUCGAGGACCCACACUGGUGAAAAGCCAUACCUGUGCAACACCUGCAGCAAAACCUUUACUAGAUUAUCAGCUCUUAAAGAGCACAUAACCUCGCACACGGGCGAGAAGCCGUAUUUGUGCAAGACGUGCAACAAAGGUUUUAACCGCAGAAUUAGUUUGCUGACUCACAUGAAAAGUCACCCGGAGGAGAAGUCUGGUGACUCCGGGGGGCAUCUGUCCACUCCUGUCUGGCCCAUAAAAGAAGAACCUGCAGAAGUCCAACCACCACCACCUGUGGCUGAUGAGCCUAACCCCCUCCCACAAGGGUGGCAGGUUCAACCCGGAUUUAUGCCUUUCCGUCAACUUGACGCAGAGGGAACAAUGUGGUUGUGAACUUUUUUUUUUUUUAUUCUGCAUUGAGGUUGUUUGAAUCCCUGCUCCUUCUUAAAAUCGUUAUUUGUUGCUGUUGGUAACUUGCCGUCUCCACGGUGCAAAUAAAGAGCUGUUAGUAUUUGCUGAACUUUCUUUAAACGUGACAGUUUAUUUCGUUCAUCUACAAAGCCUCUCUCGCACGUCCUUUUUCCCUUCUGUUUCUUCUUCACUCACAUUCUUUGUAAAGUUAAUCUGCAGCUCCAUGUUGUUAAACUCCCACCAUCUACUCCGUUUAGAGGUUAUAUAUUGUAAUGUUAUACAUAGUUCGCUGAAAACUGUAAAAGGCUGUAUGCAUUUUAAAAUCUGAGCUGCACGUACAUACGAUACGUGAUAAUUCAUGGGACAAACUAAGUCUAAACAAUGUAAUUCAAAUGAUCCAUGCUGUGUAGGGUUGCAAAGGGGUGGAAAAUUUCCGGUAAAUUUCCGGAAACUUUCCGGAAACUUUCCAUGGGAAGUUAAGCUGGGGAAUUUUGGAAAUAUUCCAAAUUGGAAACUUUCCAUGGGAAUUAUGGGAAUUAUGGGAAUUUAUGGGAAUUAUUGGGAAUUUAUGGGAAUUAACUGGAAAUUGGGGGUAAUUUAAACAAACUGUAUCAUAUCCAAACAUAAAUGUAAAUAUUUAUUUUGUCAUAAGCAGAUAUCCAUGCAAGAUAAUACAAAAACAUGACAUUUCAACAGAUUUAUUUGAGUAGAACUUUAGUUUUGUAUGAACAAUUAUUUUAAUGAACAACAAAAACAUGAAUGUUGAGUAAAUACUAACUCACCCCAGUCCCCCACCCAAUCAAAAAGUAA